AUGUUAGAAUGGCUAUUUGGCAAAAGCUUCGACCCGGAGAAGGAAAUCCCAAGUCUUGAAGGCAAAGUGAUCCUCAUCACCGGAGGAAACACUGGUCUAGGAAAGGAGACGGUCUUGCAGCUCGCGAAGCAUAAUCCCAAGGAGAUUUAUCUUGCGGCGAGAACACCGUCAAAAGCGGAAGCUGCGAUCGAAGAGGUCAAGAAGGCGGUGCCCAAUGGCAAUAUCUCGUACCUGAAGUUGGAUUUGACUUCCUUUGCGUCUGUGAAAGAUGCUGCUGAGGAGUUCAGGAGGCGAUCAGAUCGAUUGGAUGUCUUGAUAAACAAUGCUGGCAUCAUGGCCGUUCCCUACUCCAAAACCAAAGAAGGCUACGAGAUUCAAUUUGGCACGAACCAUCUCGGCCACGCACUCCUCACGAAGCUUCUCCUGCCAACACUCCUCAGCACAGCAGAGAAACCCGGAUCCGAUGUUCGAGUAAUUAACGUAAGCUCAGAAGGCCAUAUGUUCGCUCCUGGUAUCAUUUACGACCAAGACAAACUUGAGAAGUAUCAGACCUUCCGUCGAUACGGCCAAUCCAAAUUGGCCAACAUCCUCCACGCUCGGGAGCUGCAGAAGAGGUAUCCUUCCAUCACAGCGACGAGUCUUCAUCCGGGCGUCAUCGCUACAGAUCUCUACGCCUCGCAGUUGAAGACCAACAUCCUAGCGAAAGUCUUCCUGCCCUUCAUCAAGCCGUUCUUCAUGGAUGUACCAGGAGGGGCGAAGAACCAGCUAUGGGCGGCAACGGCGCCAGCAGAGGAAGUGAAGAAGUCGUACUACUGGAAGCCUGUUGCGAUUGCGUCGAAGGGCAGUCCAUUCUACGCGCAGAAAGCGAAUCUGGCGAAGGAGUUGUGGGAGUGGACGGAGGAGCAGUUCAAGAAGUGGGAAUAA